CUAUAACUCUCUCAUCAGACCUUUCGUCUCUUAGCUCCUGUUCCUGGCUGAUACCCGCACGACUUGAGCUACUUAGACACCAGCAGAUAAAGUCCUGUUCACGAUGGCUGAUGGACGUGCAAGCAAGAGAGCCAAAGUUGAAGAAGAACGCAAAGCAAACCCGUACUUGGCCCAUAUGAACGACGGGAGCGAGGACUUGAAUCACCGAAAGCCGGCGGUGCGGAUUUCGGGCGAUGGAAAUGGCGAGGAUCUGUUUGCCGGACUUGUUCGUCAUCAGACGACUGUUGAGCAGGCUUCAAAGGCAGAGUCGCCAAUUCUCAGAGAAAUACUUUACGAUUUUGAAGACCCGACGUAACCUGCCUGUGCACCUGCAAAGAGCGGAGUUCCUAGAGACGUUCCACAAGACUCAGAUCAUGGUCUUUGUCGGUGAGACCGGUUCGGGAAAGACUACGCAGAUUCCGCAGUUUGUGCUCUACGAUGAUAUGCCUCAGAUAGAGGGCAGGAUGGUUGCUUGUACGCAGCCGCGAAGGGUGGCGGCCAUGUCGGUGGCCAAGCGCGUUGCUGAUGAGAUGGAUGUUCGUCUGGGAGAGGAAGUCGGAUACAGUAUCAGAUUUGAGGACAAAACCUCGAACAGGACCGUGCUGAAGUACAUGACGGACGGUAUGCUUCUCAGAGAGGCGAUGAAUGACCCGAACCUCGAGCGUUACAGCUGCGUGAUGCUUGAUGAAGCUCACGAGCGUACACUUGCGACAGAUAUCUUGAUGGGUCUUCUUAAGGAGAUUGCGAUCCGCCGACCUGACCUGAAGAUUAUUAUCAUGUCCGCCACCUUGGACGCGCAGAAAUUCCAGAAAUACUUCCACGACGCGCCGUUGCUCGCAGUGCCGGGCCGAACGCAUCCGGUGGAGAUCUACUACACGCCAGAGUACCAGCACAACUAUCUUGAGGCUGCGAUUCAGACCGUGCUCCAGAUCCACGCGACCGAGGCACCGGGCGAUAUUUUACUGUUUUUGACGGGUGAGGAAGAGAUUGAGGAUGCGUGCCGGAAGAUCUCGCUCGAGGCAGAUGAGCUGAUCCGCGAGACGGACUGCGGCCAGCUCAUGGUGUACCCGCUUUACGGAUCUCUCCCGCCUGCGCAGCAGACUAGGAUUUUCGAUCCAGCACCGGGACCGAGAGUGAAGGGUGGACCUCCCGGACGAAAAGUUGUUAUCUCGACUAAUAUUGCCGAGACUUCGCUUACUAUUGAUGGAAUCGUGUAUGUGGUCGAUCCCGGAUUUUCCAAGCAGAAAGUGUACAACCCGAGAAUCCGAGUGGAGUCUCUUCUUGUUGCGCCGAUUUCAAAGGCGUCAGCUCAGCAGCGGGCUGGUCGAGCCGGUCGUACGAGACCAGGAAAGUGUUUCCGUUUGUACACAGAGGAAGCGUUUAAUAAGGAGUUGAACGAGCAGAGCUACCCCGAGAUUCUGCGGAGUAAUUUGUCGUCGACGGUGUUGGAGCUGAAGAAGCUUGGCAUUGACGAUUUGGUGCACUUUGACUUUAUGGACCCGCCAGCGCCGGAGACGAUGAUGCGCGCGCUGGAGGAGCUGAAUUAUCUGGCGUGUCUGGACGACGAUGGAAACCUGACGGCACUGGGCCGGCUUGCGUCUGAUUUUCCGCUGGACCCGAUGCUUGCGGUGAUGCUGAUUACUUCGCCCGAGUUUUACUGCUCGAACGAGAUUCUGUCGUUGACGGCGCUGCUGUCUGUGCCGAACGUGUUUGUGCGGCCGAAUAAUGCGCGCAAGGCGGCGGACGAGAUGAAGAAUACGUUUAAGCACGUGGACGGCGACCAUCUGACGUUGCUGAACGUGUACCAUGCGUUCAAGAGUCCCGAGGCACAGUCGAAUCCGUCGCAGUGGUGCUACGACCAUUUCCUGUCGCUGCGAUCGCUACAGAGCGCGGAUAGCGUGCGGGUGCAGUUGAAGCGGAUUAUGGAGCGUAGUGAUUUGGAUCUGGUGAGCACGCCGUUCGAGGAUCCGAAUUACUACACUAACAUCCGGCGGGCGUUGACGAGCGGGUUCUUCAUGCAGGUGGCGAAGAAGGCGACGAACGGGAAGCACUAUGUGACGGUGAAGGACCAGCAGGAUGUGCUGCUGCAUCCGUCUACGGUGUUGGAGAAGGACGGCGAGUGGGUGCUUUACAACGAGUUUGUGCUGACGACGAAGAACUACAUCCGCACGGUGACGGUGAUUAAGCCGGAGUGGCUGUUUGAGUUAGCGCCGGCGUACUUUGACGUGCGGACGUUCAAGAAGGGAGACGUGAGGAUGAGCUUGGAGCGGGUGCUGGAGAAGAUGAAGGUUGCGCGGGAGCGGGCGGAGAAGCGGGAGCGGGCGAAGAAGAGUCUGAAGAACGAGGGCAAGAGCCGAUAUACGUAAUUAGGGUGUAUGAUAAGCAAGCAUAAAGCUAGAAUGGAAGAGAACUAGACAAAGAGAGAUGGUUGGCUCGAGGCGGGCAGGCAGAGGCGGAGAUGUCGGGUAGAGAAGAAGGUUAAACGAAGCCAGAUCCCGUCGUAACCGAGGGCAGCAGCAAACGACGCUGAGUGGCCUGGCCGCAAGACUGCCUGGCUGUGUAUAUAAACAGCAGUUGCUAGUUCAAUCGAUAGUUCAUAUUCUGUUAUUCAAAUCGUCAACUUGAGAACUAAUUGCGCUCAGAAGCAGUCGCCAAUUGCGCAAACCAGAAGUUGGGCGCUGAAACGCCGAGCUGAGCCACUGUUCGGGCGCUGACCGCUCUGCUUCCCAAAC